AUGCCAGAAAACUUCUUCACCCGCAACUCCCUCCCCGAAACUACAGAACGCCUCCUUUUUGGCACAGCCCUCGCUCGGUUCCCUACCUCUGUGCCCAUCGAGCCCGCUGUUCAGGGGUACUGCUCUUACACGCUUCUCAACACCACCCAGCAGCUCGUUUUGCAGUUCCGGCCCGAGAAACAUGCCAUUGAUCUUGAGGUUGCAGCUUUGGCGAGGGGGGUUCAUGGGGCUUGGGCGCCGGAGACGGAAUUUCUUGGGUUUGUUGGGGGGAAGGAGGGCGGGAGGAUGGGGUUUUAUUGUCAUGGGUUGAUUCCUGGGAGGAUUUUGGCGGGUUUUAGGACAGGGGAGGGAGGGGUUGAGGUGGGUGGGUUGGUGAGGGAGUUGGCGGAGUUUUAUGCGCAGGCGUAUCGUUAUGGUGGGUGUGGUGGUGAACGGAGAGGGAAGGUUGGGGGGAGUUUGGAGGGGCGGUUGGUGAUGUUGAGCGAGGGACUUCCUGCUCGUUUCCGACCGUUUGUGUCUCCUGUUCUUGGAGAGCUUUCUGGGAUUGUUGAGCUUCCUUGGGUGCUUACACAUGGGGAUUUUAGCGCGGAUAAUGUUAUGGUGAGGUUGGAGAGCGCUGAGAAGCGGAAGGAAAGGGGUAAAGGGAGGUCGAGGGGUGGUGAGAUGUCGAAGCGGGAGUUGAGGUUGAAGGGUGUCAUUGACUGGGCCGAAGCUGAGUUUUUGCCGUUUGGGACGGGGUUGUAUGGGUUGGAGAGUAUACUGGGACAUCUUGAUCGGCUGAACACGUCUAAUGAAGAAGAAGUAGGAGGGAGGUCUCGAUUAAGAGACAUAUUCUGGUCUGAGUUAGCAAGUCUGAUACCCCAACUGAAGACAGAUGAGGAAUUCUACGAGAGGGUGAAAUUGGCCGGUUUGAUGGGCGUGCUAUUUUGGCAUGGGAUAGCAUUCGACAACGGGGCACUUGACCGGGUUGUUGAGGAGGGGAGGGAUGAUGAGGAGAUUGGGCUGUUGGAUGAGAUUUUGUUUGGUGAAGGGAGUGAAGACUUUGCCGAGUUAAAAAGCAAAAGAGUCGAAAACUCCAAAAAAUGA